AUGGAAUACCUUGUGAGGCUGGCGCAAUGCCAUGAGACCUUUCGACAGCCCGAACUUGAAGCAGUGGCCACUUUACUGGGUAUAGAUUUGGAGAUCAUUGCCUAUCAUGAGUAUACACCCUUUUGUGUAGUAAGGCUGAAAGACGAAGCAGCAGCACGUGCGCUCGUGGCACGCUGUAUCCUUGCCAAAGAUGUUCUGGAGCUGUGGGGCCAAGGUCGGACAUACGAUGACUUGCAUGCCGAUGUUCAGCAGCGGUCACGGCAUUUAUGGGAGAAGUAUCGCCAGGUCUCGUACGCAUUGGCCGUUGAUUGCUUCUCGGGCAAGCGAAGCACGGCCAAGAAGACUGAGAUCUUCGAAUCAUUCGGCUACCUCGGUCUGGAAGGCACAGUGCGACUGAAGGGUCCAGACGAGCAGUUCCACGUCAUUGAAGAGUAUGUGACCGAUGUUGAGCAGCAUAGCAUCGGCACUGAGCUCUCAUCCGAGCCACGAAUGAUCUACUUUGGCCGGUGGCUUGCAAAGAGUCAGCGCGAUGUGAUUUUGACCCACACUUUGAAGAAACGCAAGUAUAUCAGCACUACCUCCAUGGACGCAGAGCUGUCCUUGGUCACAGCCAACUUGGCUCUUGCGGCACCGGGGAAGAUCUUCUUUGACCCAUUCGUGGGCGCUGGGAGCUUUUUGGUCGCAGCGUCACACUUUGGUGCUUUGACCUUGGGGUCUGAUAUUGACCCUCGUGCAUUUCGCGGAAAGGACCACGAGCGCAAAGAUGGGAUGGCGAUGCUACAGAACUUCAAGCAGUAUAAUAUCGUGAGCCAGUUCAUCGACGCCUUUACGUCAGACAUCACAAACACGCCCUGGAGAGAUACCCAGUUGCUCGAUGGAAUCGUCUGCGAUCCUCCAUAUGGUGUUCGUGAAGGUCUGCGGGUUUUGGGAACCCGUGAUGGGAAGGUGAUUGAGCCAGUGAUCAUUGACGGUGAGCUGAAUUACUACCGAAAGGGUUACAUUCCCCCAAAGAAACCGUAUGGGUUUGAAGCAUUGCAGAAAGAUGUCCUCGAGUUCGCCGUCCGGAGGCUGGUCCCCAACGGACGCCUUGCCAUGUGGAUGCCUACAGCCAGUGAUGAGUCGAAGAGUUUUCCCGUACCGAUGCACCCGAAAUUAGAGGUCAUCAGUGUAUGCGUGCAGCCAUUCCACAAUUGGUCUCGCCGUUUGAUGACCUACCGCCGUCUACCAGAAGGAGAGGUGUCAGACACUACGCUCGGAAGAAAUAAAACAGAUGGAGAGGGAGUCUCUGCUGAUGAUCUUAACGCAUUCAGAGUUAAGUAUAACAAUCGAAGAGCCUUGGGAACUGACCAGCCGGAAACCAAAUGA